AGCAAAUAGAAAUUACCAUGAUGCUUUGCGGUCGUUCCUUUCAAUCGGCCUAAAUUCAAGAUGGCGGCAGUAAAUGGGACUGCUAUGUACAAAUUGCCCGAAUUCUACAACAACAAAGAGCCGCCACAGCUGCCAAACUGCAUGUAUAAGAUGAAAAGUUACCAUACGUACUCACCGGAAGAUAAGAUACAAGUAAAUGGAUCAGGAGGAGACAAUCUGCACAGUCUGGAGAGACGACAGGAUGAUAUUUUGAACGAUCUGGAAAAUCUGAGAAAAGAGGUUGAUCAGCUUGCCGGUGUACUUGGUGUGAAAUUACCAGAAAAGAGAGUGGCUGCCUCAGUGGAUUAUGUCAUCUCAGCUUCGCCAGAGGACCCUCCUCUGGCAGUGUUUGCCAUCCAGCACAUAAUGAACCAGAGAGCCAUGCCACAUGCUACUCUCAUGUUCCGCCAUUCAAGUGCUACCAACACUGAGAUGAAUAAACUCCCACAGUUUGAGAAACCAGCCAAGUCACAGGAACGAAGAUCACCAUUUAUACUAACGGUGGUAUGGAAAAAUGAUGCUCAUCUCCCCUUUCUGGUUCUAUCAUCUGCUCAUUCUCCGCUGGUCGGGGAACACACCAUCGCCCGUCACCUAUGCCGCACCCUGGUCCCAGAUCUCUAUGGCAAUCUCACAAACGAAGACAAGGCAUGUGUGGAUAACUGGCUUGAUCUAGCUCAAACCCUCCAUCAUGGGAGCUCUAAAGAGAAGGCCUCAGUCCUUCGAAAUCUCAACUCACAUUUAGGAAAAAGUAGUUUUCUUUGCGAUGGAAAGGUGAGCCUGGCUGAUGUUUGUGUUGCUAGUGCUAUUGUUAAAUCAAAUUCCCUGAGCUCUGCACCAGGCAAUGUCAAGCAGUGGAUGAAAAGGUUUCCAACGCUCAGCUGAAAAUAUAUCAAGGAAUCAGAAAAGAACUACAGAAAAUGAGUUUGGCCUUUUCAUUUCACACAGAACUGCUCCAUAUCAGAACUCUUUAUACCUAUUAUUGCAGUAAUUUUUUGUGAUAUAGUUUCACUUCAGCCAUCUUGAGUUUAGGCUUAAAAAGUUUUCUGUAUGCUAUUGUAGUAGACAAGGUGCUACAAAUACAUUAUACUCAAGUAAA